CCCAAAAUAAACGGGGCCUUCUAUCAAAGAAAACAUAUCACAAACCUGGAACCCUGCAAACAAACUCCAAAGUAUGAAACACAAGAAUACCAACCCCAAGAAGAGCACCGCCAAAAGCGCGCCAUCCGAACCCCCACCAAACUGGCCUGCAUUCAAACCCCUCCUCCCCGCCUCCGACCUCUACCUAGAACCCAUUGUUGACUCGCAAAUCAUUGUCACCCGCAACUUCUGGACCUCGACGCUGUGUAAAGAUUACGUCUCCUUCCUCAGAUCCCUGCCCCUGGUCACAACACCAGGGAAGCCGAAAAAGGGCGACGCUGUGCGCGUCAACGAUCGCUUCCAGAUCACAGACCCGGCGUUCGCUAACAGAUUAUGGCUGGAGACCGGUCUACGAGAGCUGGUGAAUGGGAGGACAGACGAGGAGGAGGGUGAGUCGAUGAGUAAAGAAGAGAGGACAAGACUGUGGGGCGGAGAAGUCGUAGGCCUGAAUCCCUCAAUCCGGAUAUACCGUUACACGCCAGGUCAAUUUUUCGACCAGCAUUACGACGAAUCGAACAUCAUCAACCUCCCCACCACCCCUACCACCCCCGCAAAAACAACCUGGACUCUCCUCCUCUACCUUACUUCCCCCGCCACAGGCUGUGAAGGCGGACAAACGGUCUUUUACCCGGACGACCUGCCGUUCAAGAACUCGCCGAUCCAGAAGGAGGUUGUGGUAGAGCUGGAGACGGGCAUGUUGCUGCUGCAUAAGCACGGGAAUGAGUGCAUGCUGCAUGAGGGGCGGGAGGUGACGGCGGGUGAGAAAUGGGUCAUUCGGACGGAUCUGUGCGUUAGAAGGUAGGGUCGGUGAGUGUGACGACAGGGUGGUUGGAUGGGCUCGGGUCGGCUGGUCAUGGGCGGUUAUUUAUGGUUAUGGUAAGACGAAUUUAGAGAUUAUUUACGGGGGUGAAGAAUAAAGACGGCCCUGUAUGCAAUUGAGCUUUAAUCGCUUUGCGGUAGCGUAGGUUCGAGUAAGGCCUUCUUCACGUGAGUUUCUAAGUAAUAUCAAACUCCUGGG